AUGUCGAAAGUGCGAUAUUCGCUAAAACCCAGGUCACGUGACUCGCCUUUUUUUUAUUUUUUUACUGGGGCUCAUCAAUUGCAAUCCUUCGGGUUGGCUGGGACCGCUAGAAAAAGAGCUAAAAGAGGUUAUAAAGCAACGACGGCAAGCAAUUGGGUGAAAGUCAAACCCCUGCGCGCAAAGAGCGCUGCGCAGAUCAAAACUCGCCGAGCACCUAACGCGGACUCCAACGGGCGGUGA